AUGAACAUCGUUUCUGAGCAUGGGUUUCGCCUUGAUGGCAGAAGGUCACAUCAAAUACGUAAUAUUACUGCUACUCUUGGUACAAUUCCUGAUGCGGACGGUUCAGCUUUUUUUGAGCAAGGAAACACUAAGGUUCUUUGUGCUGUUUACGGCCCAUUUGAAGGCAAGAAGUCUCGUCAGUUAGAAGAUCGCUGUGCUAUUAAUUGCCUCUUCAGCAUCACCCGUUUUGCUGGGGUCGAGCGCAGGCAGCGUAGUCGUGCUGAUCGGAAGUCUAUGGAAAUAGAACGACUGAUCGAGAAGACGUUCGAAGCAGCAGUGCUCACUUAUCUGUAUCCACUAUCUCAAAUCGACAUCUACUGUCAGGUCAUUCAGGGCGAUGGCUCACAUCUCGCUGCUUGCGUAAAUGCAGCCUCAUUAGCUAUGACUGACGCAGGAAUACCCAUGAAGGGUAUAGUUGCGGCAGCAACUUGUAGUAUCGUAGAAGGCCAACCGGUUGUUGAUGUGAACCAAAGGGAGGAAAGUGAUCUUCUUCCACGUAUAACAUUAGCGACGUUAAGAGGUGAAGAUGAAGUGGUCUUAGUUGAACUACAGAACCGUGUACACGUGGAACAUCUUCCGGCUCUAAUGGCUUCGGCAAAAGAUACCUGCAAAGGAGUACACGAAUGUAUUUGUGCAGCAGUAAUUAAUCAAAUGGAAAGUAGUCCUUAUCUAUUCCGAUAG